AUGAAAUCUCGUGCUAGUCGUUGGGUGUGUAGUGCGUCGCCUUGCUCUUUCUUCAAAACUUGUAUGGCACAAAUACCUCGCGAUUGGUUUUGGAGCGAAGAAGACGUAAAGUUUACGCCUUCGCGAAAAGCAGGUAUGGAAUUAAAGGACGAGGCAAGAUUGCGCCGCGAAGGAGUCAAGAUAAUCAUGGAAAUCGGAAAACAAUUAAAGCUAAAGACAAAUCCGACUCUCGCGUCUGCAGCCGUUUUCUUUCAUCGUUUCUACAUGGUUCAAAAGUUUCAAGAUUUCCCACGAGAGCUCACCGCGCUCGGGUGUUUAUUUUUGGCAGGAAAAGUCGAGGAAACGCCAAAGAAGUGCCGUGAUUUGGUCGUUUUGGCAAAAACUCGAUUCGACAUACUCUACAAUAAGCACAGAAAUUUGCAGGACGAAGUGAUGGGCAUAGAAAGGAUAUUGCUGAAAACGCUUAACUUCGAUCUCUUUGUCGACCAUCCAUACAAAUAUCUCCUCAGCUAUGUUAACAAAUUUGGAUUUCCACACGACGACACCAAACAGAUCGUGCAAACAGGUUGGACUUUUAUCAACGAUUCGCUUGGCACAAUAAUCUCACUAUGCUGGGAACCGCAAAUUAUCGCUAUAGCCUUCUGCCGACUCUCACUCACAAUGCAUAAACUGGAGCAAAAAGUGAAAGACCAAUGGUGGGACGAAUAUGUGACAAAUCUCCCAAUUGAGAUGAUUGAAGAGAUAUGCCACAGGGUGCUUGAUUACUACGGGAUUGUGCAACAAGAGACUUACGACUUCAUUCCAAAAGAUGUCCCUGGCCAAGAGGGUUCUCCUUCUCUUCAAGCAGCUUCA